GUGCACGUGCAAGCGGCGUCCAAUCGGCCGUGUGGUCAUGACCCAAUGACCAGCCGUAGUUGCUGGCAGAAUAUGUAAUAGUGCAUAAACAACAUUCAGGCGCUCAUAACAUUUCAUAGCUACACGCGUUUGAGCGUGCAAGUCGUCGCAAUCAGGCCGAGUUCCUAAAACGCAGCCUAUCGCGAUAACAAUCCUGUGUACUGUAAUCAAAUCCUGAUAUUAUAUAAGAGUCGCUACCUAAGGGACACCCGCCUCGGGCCGUGCGACUUACGAGCGACUGAAUGGCUGCAGAGCCCUCGCCGGAUACAGAAGCCGUCUUAGAGGCUGCGCGGUCAGCAAUCAAUUCGGCGCUACUAAAGGGCGAUUUUGAGACCGCGGGCGUAGUCAUCGCGAAACACGUACCGCUCCUCCUCCAGUGGGGCGAGGACACCUGGGUUGAGGACCCCGAGCCUCCGCCCGGCCCCCAAGAAGACGGCGCGAGUGCCGCCAACGAGGAAACCGAGUCGGGCGAGAGCCUGAGCAACAGCUCCGAUGAUAGCGACGGCGACAGCAGCAGCGACAGCAACGACGAGGAGGCGAGCUCCGCCCCUCAGAUCACGUCAUACCGCUAUCGCUCCGUCAUGCACAACCCCCGCAACCCGCGUCUCGAGCACCUGUGCACGUGGCUGUACGACACCGUCGUACACCCCGAGAGCGGCGAGGAGCCCGAGGAGACGAGCUGCCAGAAGCUACCGGCUGCCAUCCUGGCGGCCUGGAAGCGACUGGCCGCGUCCUCGCCCUCACCAUCACAACAGCAACAACCGCAGCCGCAACAACAACAGCAACAGGAACAACAAGAGCAACAGCAGCCGCAGCCGGAAGGGUCAGCAGCUUGCAGCGCGGACGUAGCGCCGCAGACGCCGACGACGGCUACGGAAGGGGCGGCGGGCGGCGCUGCCGCGGACGGCGCCGGCGGCGCAGCCGCCUCUGCAGGGGCUGGCGCAGCCCCGUCCGAGCAGCAGCCGCAGCAGCCGCAGCAGCAGCAGCCGCAGCAGCCGCAGCAGCCGCAGCAGGCGCAGGCGCAGGAGGCUCCGCUGCCUCCCACGGAGCUGCUUCACCUGCAGCACAGCGCCUUCUCAGCGCCCUACUGCACCUGGCGGCCGGUGGCGCCGGAUGCGCUGCCGCCGCUGCACGAUGUGCUGGUGGGCGUGCUGCGGGUGUGCUGGGAGCGGCACGACGACCGCGAGCCCAGUCGCAACAUUAUUUGGGGCGCCCAGAGCCACAGCCGCCGCGACGACCCCGUCACCGCAUACCUCUAUGUGGAGUACUUGCGGCUGCUGGUGGGCGCGAUUGUGCGCGGCCGGGCCGAGCCGCUGUGGCUGUGGCACGAGCUGCAGGAGAUCAUCGAGGAGUACCCGCACUGGCGGCACCACCCGCACGAGGUGGCGGUGCUGGCGCGCAUGAUGGUGGAGCACGGCUGCGGCUGGAGGCUGCUCAACAGCCUGCUGGACCACAUCGGCAAGGGCCCCAUGCUGAUGUACGGCACCUGGGCGGCGCUGUGGGACGGGCUGCGGCGGCCCGAGGCGCGCGCCUGCGCCCGGCUGGCGGGCCGGCACGGCCGCGUGUCGCAGGAGGCGGUGUGGACGCACGUGGCGGAGCUUACACUGCUGCAGGUCAAGGAGCACCCCACAGACGCCAAGCUGCUCGACCGUGCGGUGGCCGUGCUGAGCCGUGCUAUCGUGCUGGCGCCGCAGCCGGCCGCGCUUGCUGCUCUGCUGCGUGCUGAGCGUGAUGCGCCCGGCUCGUGCGCGGGCGUGCGCGACGUGACCACACAGCUCGGUGACAUCCUCAACAACCCGCCGCCGCCGCUGGCGACGCCGCCGCCGCCAAAGGGAGCGGCGGACGCGGCAGGUGCCGGUGGGAAAGGCAAGGAGGCCGAGAAGGCGGAGGCCUAGUGUGUGCUGUGUUGGGGGCGCUUGGGGCGUGGCUUGGGAGGUAGGGUGGCGCCUGGGAGGUGGGGUGGAAGGUUGGGGUGAGGUUGUGCGCAUGGGUAGUGUGGGGUGGAGCGUUACAUGCGUUUAAGCACGGGGACAAAAUGGAAACCCAAGGUGAAUAAGCCUUCAGAGGCCGGGCAGAGGCUGACAUCUGCAGUGCCCUGCAAAGGCUAAUGGAAGCAUUUGCCGUGGGCGAAGGGUGGGAUGGGGUGCCUGUGGGGCUCCGGGAUGCCCAUGCGCAACAGAAAGUCACGAAUGGAGCGGGGCUAUGAUAUGUCAUGAACAUUACAGGAGGUAUGGGAGUUACAGUGCCCCGGAAGCAUGGGAGGUAUCCUUGCAAGCCGGGGAAGGGGGCAGACUCUGAGCUACAAGUGUUUACGGGACUGACUGGUCUUGACAGAGUGGGAGUGCAGGGGGCCGCAGAGCGAGCUGCGGCAGCUUGUUCCGCAUGUGCACGGGUUUGUAUGUUGGCUUCAUGUAUGCUUGUGUGCGUGUGUGUGCCCUUGGAAGAUGGACUACACAACCACUGUGGUAAUCCCUUGGGUGCGGGGUACUCCCUUGGGUUCAGGGUACCGCCAUUGUGUGUGUGUGUGUGUGUGUGUGUUUGUGUGCACAUGUGUGUAUAUUGGUUACAAGGUGGUGCACACCGUGGUGGCAUGCAUCACGGGCUUUAUCUCAUCCUCGCGGACUGCACAAGGGCCGCGCUGGGUUGCUGCUGCCUGCCUGGUUGGCGUGAGCAGCAGCACAUGCGGACCCGCACGUGGUGUGUUCGGGGCUACUGUGAAUGCAGCUGGCUGGCUAGGAAGCGGUCCGGAGGCGAGGAGGGUAGGCAGGAGGCCGGCGGCGGCUGAUGUGGAGCCCGGGCCAAGGUUUCGGAUGUGCGCGAUAAGCAAUUGUGGUCAUGCGUGGGUAUCUGGACGACUGCAGCUGAGGCAAAGGAGGGGUGGAAAGGGAGGAGGUGGAAAGGAAGGUGUGUGUAGAGAGGCGUGCUCCAGUGGGAGGGGGGCCGGAUGUGCUGUAUGUGCGCAGCCGUACGUGGCUGCUGCAUGCAGCAGCAUUAAGCGCGGGGACACGUCAGGUUGCUGGUUGGGCUCCCCCUGCCUGACCCUGUAAACCAAUAAACGU